AUGUUAAAUUUUGGUGGAAACAAGCUUCGAGGUCAUAUUCCUAGUAGUAUUUUUCCAAAUUCAUGUGCACUAAGGUUUUUGGAUCUAAAUGACAAUCUUUUAGGAGGUCCUAUACCAAAAUCCUUGGUCAACUGUAAGGAACUACAAGUUAUUAACCUUGGAAAGAAUGCAUUAACCGGCAGAUUUCCAUAUUUUUUGAGUAAAAUUCCAACAUUGAGAAUCAUGAUUUUAAGGUCAAAUAAGCUGCAUGGGUCUAUUGGAUGCCCAAAUAGCACUGGUGAUUGGAAGAUGCUUCAUAUCAUUGAUCUGGCAUGCAAUAACUUCAGCGGCACGAUAUCAUCUGCACUCUUAAAUAGUUGGAAAGCAAUGAUGCGUGACGAAGACGUGCUUGGGCCAGAAUUCGGCAAUUUGUUUUUUGAAGUUCUUGACUAUUAUACAAUGGGUUUGAAGGAUGCAUUACGAAUUAUGAACAAAUAUUAUGCUACGAAAGUGGUUCAACUUACUUUAAAAAUGCCCCAUUCUGAUCUUGAUCAGGUAAUCUCUGAUAGUAGUGCAGAUGAUGUGGAUCUUCGUCGUUAUCAGGAUUAUUCAGUUAUUAUUGUUAACAAAGGUCAUCAGAUGAAGCUUAUCAAAGUUCAAAAGGCCUUCACUUAUGUUGAUAUGUCAAGCAACUAUUUAGAGGGGCCAAUACCGAAUGAGUUAAUGCAAUUCAAGGCAUUGAAUGCUCUAAAUUUGUCGCAUAAUGCAUUAACAGGCCAUAUACCAUCAUCAGUGGGGAAUUUGAAGAAUCUUGAGUGUAUGGAUUUGUCAAACAAUUCUUUGAAUGGUGAGAUCCCUCAAGAGCUUUCAAGUAUAUAUUUCCUUGAAUAUAUGAACCUCUCGUUCAAUCACCUGGUGGGUCGAAUUCCUUUGGGCACUCAAAUUCAAUCAUUUGAUGCAGAUUCCUUCAAAGGGAAUGAAGGGUUAUGCGGACCUCCACUGACCAACAAUUGCAACAAUGAUGGAGUGCAAGGGUUUGCAUCCGAGUUAUCUCAUUCUCAUAAUGACAAUUCAAUUGAUUGGAAUCUCUUAAGUGUGGAGUUGGGAUUUAUUUUUGGCUUUGGAAUUUUCAUCCUCCCCCUUAUUUGGUUGAUGAAAUGGAGGUUGUGGUAUUUCAAACAUGUCGAUGAAAUGCUUUACAGGUUCCUCCCCCAGCUAGAUUUUGUGUAUGAACAGCAGGAAGGGAAGAGGUAUAGAUCUCUAAGGUGGAGGUACUAG